AAGCUGCGCCUCGACCCGGUGUCAGGCCCGGAGUGAGUGAAAUGGCGCUUCUCUGACCCAAAAUGGCGGCUGAAGCCAACACGUCAGGAGCGGAGCCGGACGAGGCGUCAUCAUGGCCACCGGCGAGCGCUCUUCCCACGGUGACCUUCGAAGGAAUGAACUUCCCUGAAGACACCAUUCGGCUUCUCAGUGUGCAGGUGGUGCUGAUCCUGGCCUACAGUACCAUUAUAGUCCUGGGGCUUAUGGGUAAUUCUCUGGUGAUUUACGUCAUUUACCGCUUCAAGACGCUCAGAACCGUCACCAACUUCUUCAUCGCCAACCUGGCUGUGGCUGACCUCCUGGUGAACGCCCUGUGCCUGCCGUUUACUUUGGUCUACACUCUUCAGGGGGAGUGGAAGUUCGGGAGUGUUUUGUGUUUUCUGCUGCCGUACGCUCAGGGCCUCGCCGUCCACGUCUCCACGGUAACGCUCAACGUGAUCGCCCUGGACCGCCACAGGUGUAUCGUGUAUCACUUGGAGACUCGAAUGCGUAAAGACGUGUGUUUUGGCGUCAUCGCUCUGACCUGGGUGCUCAGCGCGGUCCUCGCCAGCCCCCUCGCCAUCUUCAGAGAGUACGGCUCCUUCACACUGGACGGGCACACCAUCCAGGUGUGCACAGAGAAGUGGCCGGGUAAGAGCACGGACGGGACGAUCUACUCCAUCUCCAUGUUGAUUCUUCAGUACUUCCUUCCUCUCUCCAUCAUCUCCUUCGCCUACGCCCAUAUUUGGUCAAAACUCCGCGGACAUGUCAGCCCGGCCGAAAACGCCAGUGCCAGCUCCGAACGGCACCAUCGGCGACGCAAAACCACCAAAAUGCUCGUGACUAUGGUGGUGGUUUUCGCCGUGAGCUGGCUUCCUUUCCACGCCUUCCAACUCGCCACCGACAUCGACAGUUCGGUCCUGGAUAUGCGAGAUUUCCGGUUACUCUAUACGCUUUUCCACGUGGUCGCUAUGUGCUCCACCUUUGCCAAUCCGCUCUUGUAUGGAUGGAUGAACCGGAAUUACCGUGCGGCGUUCCUGGCGGUAUUCAAGUGCGCCGGAGCGGAGGCGGAGGGAAGAGGAAGGGGCGGGAGGUUGGACAGCAUUCAUCCAAUCGCCAACAAGAACCAGAAAAGUGGGCGGGACAAGAGUAAGAGUCAAAAAGAGACACAGGAAGUGACGGUGACGAGGCUCAAUGCAACUGACGUGUGAGAGAACAAAGCCGUCGAAUCCAAGUCCGGGAGUAGAUCUGGAUUAGACGGGUUUUUUCUGGAGGCAGGACCAAAACAAUGAGACAGGAAAUAGAAGAAUAAAGGAGGAAGAAGACAAUAUGGCCGACAAAAAUAAACGAACAAAGACGGAUUAAAGUGACGCCAGUCGACAGAUGAAUGUUGGACCUCCGUUUGACUCUGACACAAGGAGUUUAAGAUUUCUGUGGAAGUUUCAACAGAAAUCAAAUUUAAAUAUUGUGUUUUUGCGAAGGAUAUAUUUACAGAUAAACUUUUGAUGGAUUAUGGCUUGAAAUGUUGGUGUUUUGAAGAAUUUGUGACAGAAAAAGAAGUUUAAUGUAACUGGUAAAAAUGUUUGAAGGAACAGACAAGAGCAGAACCUUAAAAAGUAAGAAUUAAAAGGACUAAACCAGGACUAAACCAGGACUGAACCAGGACUGAACCAGGACUAAACCAGGACUAAACCAAGGCAAAACCAGGACUAAACCAUGACUUAAACUGGGACUAAACCAAGACUAAACCAGGACAAAACAAGGACUAAACCAGGACAAAACAAGGACUAAACCAAGACUAUACCAGGCCUAAACCACACCUAAAAGCAGGACUAAACCAGGACUAAAACCAAGACUAAAACCAAGACUAAAACCAGGACUAAACCAGGACAAAACCAGGACUAAACCAGGACUAAACCAGGACUAAACCAAGACUAUACCAGGACUAAAACCAGGACUAAACCAGGACUAAACCAGGACUAAACCAGGACUAAACCAGGACUAAAGCAGGACUAAACCAGGACUAAACCUUUGUUCCUGUCUGCUCUCUCAAACCCUUGACGUUCUUGAGGCUUCACUGUUGCAUGAAAAAACUACAAGUGAAGAGAUGCAUGAUGGGAAGUGUAGUCUGUGUGAACUACAUAUUUACGGGACAAAAGGGCUUCGUUUAAAUGUUUCCUCGUUUCGUUUCCCUCUUCGUCUCCUUCUUUGUCUCCUCACACGUUUCCUGUUUCCUAAUUUGUUUGGAAACUUCUCUCCUCCAAAAUACGCCAAUUAUUUUUUUGUGAAUGUUGCCGCUUAAACCGCCCUGGGUGCUUGACAAACCUGCCAAACAAACUGUGAAUUGGAUUUUAUGCUCAGACACGAGACAGAUUUGAGUUUUUAAUUAACAGAUCACCCUCCCCUUUGGCUCACGCGGUUUAAAAACAAUUCUAAAGUUGAAAUGAACGAGCGCACAUGGGUUUGCUCUGGUUCUUUGUCGUAAAAACUGCUUUUUCAGGCCAAUAUCGGUUUGUCACGUAACUUUUCUGCUUGUCUCCGUGGAGAUGUUAUUGCAUUUCCUUUAAUGUGUUUAUUUCAUUUUUAAAAACUUUCUUAAGCCUCAAAACGAUAAAACCACAACAAGUGCCAGUGCCAAUGCUUUUUGCUUUCGAUGUCGAUUUACCGAAUAUGAUUUUUGUUUUAUUUUACAUCGGGAGUCGAACCCACAACCUCCUUUAUACUGAGAUAACGACUCUGCCACAGUAAGACAUGGAGAACAUGCAAACUCCACUCAGAACGAUCAGGAGUGGAACCCAAAACCUCCUUGUAAGAGGGAGGAAACAGGAUGACCAGUUUUGUUUUUUGUUUUUUUUGGCAGAUCUUGUUUUGUCAAUGGAAAAUAUUAAAUGUGAUGUUGAGUUUUGUUGAGUCUCGAGCUGCAGAUUUAAGCGUUUUCUUUAUAUUUUUUAUGUUUAAUAACUGGAUUUUAAUUAGAGUUAAUAAAACAUGAACAAAGACUUGGUAAUUAACAGUUAACUACUUAAUGAACAGCCUCAAAGUCACACGUCUUCAACACUUUAUGACGACGGACACAGGAGCUCAGGUUUGUGGUUCGAAUCCCGCUCUCGACUCAAACAUCGUUGGUGGAGCGGUCAAAAGCACAGGUUGGAGGUGCAAUUCCACUCCCACAGAUGAAUACUGUCAUUGUGUUCUUGGGCUCGACACUUCCCCACUUCGC